CGCGAUAUAUUCAAGUGCGUCGAGCCGGAAAUGGUCGACAGGCGUUGACCGGCGCACCUCGGCUGUUGCGACAGUCUAAAACAGGCGCGCGGCGACACGGCAGGCCGCGAGGCGGUUCGGGAUGUUCCGGAAGAUGGCAGAAGAUGGUGGAGACUGCGCUGGGUGGCCGGGAGGGAGAUAUCGGGAGGAUCCGGGCGUCAGCGGCACCUCCACUUGUGCUGUUGCUGAUCGGUGAUCGUCUAUCGGAUAAAGCAAUGAGGCCGAACGGUGCCUAUCUUCCAUGUAGCUUACUUAUCCCGCGGAGGGUGCCGCGGUGCUUGUCGCGCCGGACCAUGUCGAGAGGGGGUUGCGAGGAGCGCCGUGUCUCCGGAGCGCCUCCACUUGUGUACGUACGUAAGGUAAUGCAGGGUCUGAUGUGUGUCGGAGUGGAGUGGGAGCUGGGAGCUGGAGGAGGUCGCACACGCCGGAGGCGGAGGUGCCCGGCAUGGUGCGGGGGAACUGGGAGAGAUCAUGUCCGGGCUCCGGGCGAUUUUCGAAUGGGAGGGGUGCGAAAUCGAAUGAGGUGGGUGGCGCGUGGUACUCGGACGUCAUCGAUAAUGGGCACGCAGGGAGGGGAGAGGCUGGUACGUGUAGUGGUAUAUGCGGGAUUUGUGUCCUCGGUCGCUAUGCAUACAUCGAGGAUUGAGGAAGUUUUCGGGGAGCAGCGGAGGAGCUGGGCAGCUGGGCAGCAUUGGCAGCUCGCGCGCAGAGGCGCGCGGCGUAACUGAUUGCGAUAGGAACCCCCGAGCUGCCGAGCAAGCGCCUGUUUUCG